GCAAAAUCAGUCAUUUUCGCAGCAAAAUCACUGUCAAAAAAAAAGUCUAAAUUUUUUUGUGUAUAAAUUUUCAAUAAAAACCUUCCAAAAUGAACGAAACGGCGGAAGAUUUGAACUACGACUGCAACUACAACAUGUUCGUUGCGAAAACCAUGUUACCCAACCUGGGCAAACCCGAUGAUAGACAAAAGGCAGUGCGUUGGAUGAAAAAACUAGCGACCUGCAACAGAUCUAUUGAGGAAAUGAAAUUGAGAAACGAUUUCAUGUAUUAUUUGGUUGUUAAUAUACAGCAAGGCGAAUUACAGCCUCCUUUCACUGAACCACCUCCUGCCAGUCCUUUACCCGAUAUUGCACAUCUUUUGCCAGGAGGUGUAACGCAAGUAAACCUAGACGAAUGGGGCGACAAACAAGCCAAAGAAGGUGCCAAACCGCCCAUGCUUUACGAAAAUUCGCCCGAUGGAGGCGCCUUUUUGGCCGCCCAACCUGUGCCCAGAUGCGGAGCUUUUUGCUAUCUUGCUGUAGUCGCAAGAGAAGCCAAAGAAUGAACGAAAAAUGUGAUCAAUUUGUCAGUGAUAAAUCUUAUGGUCGUAGAUUUUUGUUAAUAUAAAACUCUAUUAUACGUUUAAUAAAUGUUCAUUUGAAGCAAUUGCUGACCCAA